GGGCCGAUCCAGGUCGCCAGGGGCAGGCACUUUCUCCGGCGGGCGCAUGCGCGCGACGACAGUGCUGGAGGUGGCGACGACGGACAGCUGUGAGUCGGUGCCGGAGAGCUGAACAGGGAGAAGGUGGAGCCCGGCUGUGUCUGUGUGAGCCUGCAGUGUGAUCGAAGUGCUGUGAUUGGAACGUUGUGAGAGUCCGGUACUGCCAACAUGCAGACUUGUGUCUGAAGUGCGGUUUGGCUUGAAGAAGAGCCAGAACCUCGGUGGUCUCUCAAAUCGCUAGAGGGACAUCAACUGUGUAAAAUGUGGACUGUAGCAGUCCUCUCCCUGCUCGUUGGAGCUGCCUCCGCCGAAUUUCGAUUGACAUGCGAGGCGGCCGCCAAGACCAAGGGUCACUACAAGUGCCAGCCGGACGGGCUCAUCCAGUGUCUGCCCGGCUGGACGGGUGAUGUGUGUGACGUGCCCAUCUGCAAGGCCGGCUGUGACCCGCUGCUCGGCUACUGCAAACAGCCCAACGAGUGCAUCUGCAAAAUCGGCUACGGCGGGGAGCUGUGUAACGACUGCGUCAAGCUGCCCGGAUGUAUGAACGGGCAUUGCAAGAAGAGCUUCGAGUGUCACUGCAACGAGGGCUGGACAGGCCUGUUCUGCAAUCAGCCGGUCUGUGCCGAUGGCUGUGACGGCACAAAGGGAUACUGCUCAAAGCCCAACGAAUGCAAGUGUCGGAUCGGCUGGUCGGGAGAAACGUGCAACGAAUGUCAGGUGAUGCCUGGGUGUGUGAAGGGCUUCUGCGAGGAGCCGCUCGAGUGCAAAUGCCUGCCAGGAUGGACCGGCUUCUUCUGCGAGAGCGCCGUCUGUGCGGAGGGAUGCAGCAAAGAUCACGGCUAUUGUGAGAAGCCGGGGACGUGCAGGUGUCGUGUCGGCUGGCACGGGGACGACUGUGACACGUGUUUCCCGUACCCCGGAUGCGUGCACGGAAACUGCACGGAGCCAUGGCAGUGUAACUGUCAGGAGGGCUGGACCGGCUUCCUCUGCGACAAACCUGUGGACCCGUGCGGCCACACGCCGGACUUCUGCCAGAACGGCGGCACCUGCCGCAACACCAUCGUCGACGACGAUCCGGAGGCCGAGUGUUCGUGUCCGGCCGGGUUCGGCGGGCCGCGGUGUCAGCUGCGCGUCACCACGACCACCACGACCACGACCACGACCACGACCACGGCGCCGACCACGGCGGCCACCACGCCGCCGGCCGAGCGGCGCGCGUCCAACGGCUCCUCCACGGCGGCGGCGCUGGACCUCAACUCGGUCGGCGUGGUCUCCAACCGGCUCGACAGGAGGGUGGACGCCUUCAACAACGGCAGCGCCGUGAUCGAGACCAACCCGGACGACCAGACGCUGGUGCCGGUCACUCUGCCUCCGCUGGACACGGAGGCCCAGGCGCAGGUGAUUGCCGACAACAUCAAGUACGUCAUCACCUCGUUCAAGCGGAUGGCCAAGAGUCUGUUUCCGUCGUCGGCGCCGCCGCCGGCGCCGCUGCGGCCGGUGCUGCGCCGUCCGCCGAUCCGUCAGCUCUCGCCGCAGAUAGCACGGCCGAGACAGGCGGUGAGGCCGCCGAGGCUGCUCCGGCCCGGCCAGUACCCGCCGCGGCCCAGCUUCCCCGCGUACGUGCUGCGCGCCGGCUCCGCGCUGCCGUCAGGACCGCGGCCGCGCGCGCUGCUCGGACACCGCUCUGGCCUGGCCUCGGCCGAGGAGCCGUCCUCGCCUCAGCCGCAGCAGCGAGGACCCGUAGCGGAACAGAUUCGUGAGGGGUCUGUGGUCGGCACUACCGCCGCCGCGCCGACCACCGCGGCCAGUGGCGGCACCAUCCCUCCCUCCACCACGGCCAAAACCACUGUGGAGGGGGAGGCAGGGCCUUCCACCGCCGGAGAUAGGUAGAGCGUCACCCAGUUGGAGACUGGAGUGCUGCUGGUCAAACAGCCCGACAAGGGCCUGGCCACGAGAGGAUGUGGACAGAGGCGGAGACCCGCCUAUGGUAUAUACUGCAGUAGCGGCAAGUGCGGAUUUUCUACGACAGAAUCUUGGCCGGACUAGCUGCAUUCCUCUGAUCCUCGAGACACAGCGAGGAACGAUACCCCGGCAAACGGGAUCCAAAUCUAGCGGAGAUCAGGCGAUCAGAUCCUGAUGUUCUGAUCAAUCGAACUGGAUCGAUAGGUGAGGCCACCCUAGUUCGUCCGGUGUUGACCCAACAUGAUACAACUGACGCCAGGACAUUUGUUUAUACCAUUAAGGACAUGGCUCGAGGCUGACAUAUUGGCCUCUGUGUUGCUGUGGUCAGCUGGCUCGGCAAACAGACAUGGGGCCGCCGUGUGAAGUGAAGUUAGUCGAUUGGGCAAGUGACCAAUGGACACAAAGUACCACCAGCACUGUCGGGUGUCCCGGUGGGUAGCGCCUCACCUGUGCAGGUAUCGAGUAACACUGCUCCUCCGAUAGCCCGCGGUCCAGCUUCAGAGACUCACAGGCAUCGGUGGAGAACCCGAGGGAAAACCCUAGGCGUGGGUCGACACACUGCCCUGCGGCCGCUCCAGUGUUGUUGUUGUUAUAUUUGUUACUGUUUUUACGUUGUUAUAUUUAUGCCGUGUUGUACGCUGUUGAAAGCAUUGUUGAAAGCAUUGUUAUAGCAGUGUUUUGCGCUAGUGCCGAAAAGAUGUCAACGCUACGUUGUAUGACAUUAAUAAUGUCGAGUGCAUUUACGAUGGUGGACCCGAAGCGUGUUCGUUUGUUGGCUCAAAUGGCGGUGUUUACACCGACCGUUUUCAAUAAUGAGUCGUGCUCAGUCCGUUAGCUGCCGGCAGCGGGGGUCACUUGAGGUCACCUGAAUGACCUGUUGACCCGGGUCUGAGUGUAUUACGACGCACAGCUUCCUAGGUGAAAAGUCCGCUAUCAUGAUUCUCAUCUAUACAUACAAAAGUGUAAUUUGUUACCGUUAAAAUGCAAAAAUAAAUGCAGUAUUGUAUAGCCUACAAUAA